UCCAAGAGAGAAGUUGCGAAGUGCACAGACACCAGACGGUUCUUUUUGCGCGAACUUCUCUCCCGGACCUCUCCUCCGCUCUGCAGAGAAUGCACACUUGGGUUUCAAUGAGAGCCAGCAGCUUCCAAAAGAAGACCCUUCACUAAUCCAGCCCGGCUGACAGUAAAAAAACAAAAACUGAACUGGAACGAUUGUGUUUCUUUUUUGGGUUUUUUUUACAACCCCCAGUGCUUGUUCACUUUUCAGUGAAGUGAAGUUAAACAAAAAAAAUGACUGUGAAAGCAUGUGUGCUUGUUAGAGCCAUGCUGCUGCAAAGCGUGAUGCUCUUGCUGGGACUAAGUGGCACCGUGGGCCAGAAGGACUGCACGGGAGUGGAUUGCCCCGUGCUGGAGAACUGCAUCGAGGAGUCCCUGCCGAGCGGCGCGUGCUGCGCCACCUGCGUGCAGGUAGGAUGCGCCUGCCAGGGUUACCAGUACUACGACUGCGUCAACGCCGGCUUCCAGAAGGGCAAGGUGCCCGAGGGCGAGUCGUACUUCGUGGACUUCGGCAGCACAGAGUGCUCGUGCCCCGAGGGGGGCGGCCGGAUCAGCUGCCACUUCAUCCCCUGCCCGGACAUCCCGGCCAACUGCAUCGAGCUGUCGGAGCCGGCAGACGGCUGCAUCCAGUGCAAGCGCGUGGGCUGUGAGCACCACGGGCAGAAGUACGAGGCCGGGCACACCUUCCAGAUGGACCCGUGCCAGGUGUGCCAUUGCCCCAAUGACGGCGGGAGCCUCAUGUGCUACCCGAUCCCUGACUGCGAUGCCAGCAAGAUCGUCGACCCCAUGCUCACCACCAGCACCAGAGAGGAGAACGCGCCCCACAACCCUCUGCAAUUCAUCUUUCAGCACCAAGGUCCGAGAGACCACGUGUCCAAGCCACUCAGGCCUGGGCCCGGAGACUCUCUGCCCUUUUUCCCACACCUCAUGAAUAAUCUGGAGGACGAAGAGGAGGAGGAGGAGGAGGAGGAGAUGGACUACGAUUACAUGCCCAUGCCCACAGAUACGCCGGGGCCGCCUCUCCAAGAUCUCGCCGCGCCCACGGAGCCCUCCAUCAUCAUCUCCGCGACCGUCCCAGAAUCCUUAACUCCACGGGUGGGCCUCCACAGGAACAGAAAGCAAGAGCUCAGAGAGAAGUUUGCCGUACAUCAUGAGCUCCCUCGCCAUCGCGCUGAGACCACCCAAUCCCCACCAGCUCUCGCGCAGACCACUUCACUGCACCACGGGGAGGUCACAACCAGGUCCUGGCUGAAAGGUCUGGAAAAUCAAGUGUUCCCACUGGACACUGCCGGUGCUGCAGAUGGCGGAACAGGAGGCAGUGAUGGAGUUGAGGAUGAGGAAGGGGAAGAGGGGGAGGAGGAGGAGGAGGCGGUGGAGGAGGAAGAGGGAAUGCCGCAUGCUUUCCCUGUGUUUCCACAAAGUGAACACCUUCAGCCCCCUUUCACUGCAAACCAGCCUCCCUUCACUGAUGCCAAGCUCAAGCAGAGGGUAAGGGUUAAGCCUGUGCCAGCAGAAAGAGGCGGCUUGCCUGACCGUAGAAAUAGCCAGGAUGUAGAAACCAGGCCUUGGAUGCCAGACAGGACUAGUUUUACUGACCGUGAGUAUAGCCAGCCCACGCUAACGAGACCUGGAUUCGCAGAGGGAGCGAGCUUUACUGACUCUGACCUUACCCAGGCCACAGAUACCAGAGUCAGGGUGCCCGAGCGAAGCAGUGUUGCAGACAGAGGUCAAGGCCAGGCCACACAAAUAAGGCCUCUGAUGCCAGAAAUUAGUAGUGCUGUUGAUCGUGGACAGACUAGGCCUGAUUUAACAGAAAUAAGCACUGUUAGAAAUAAUGGACAAAGGGCAGUUGCACAUUCCAGGCCUGUACAUAAAAAGCCAGAAACCAACAGCUUUGCUGAUAGAGGUCGUAGUCAGGCUACACUCACCAGGCAUGGGUUGCCAGAGAGAAACAGUUUUCCCGAUAACCGUCAGAGUGCAGCUUCUCGCGACAGGCCCGUGAAGCCAGAAAUAAAUAAUUUUGGUGAACGCGGUCAUAACACACAGCCGCUCACCAGGCAAGGAAUCCCAGAAAUUGGCAGCUUUGGUGAUCGUGAACAGAGCCAGGGAACACAGUCUAGGCCUGCAGUGCCAAAAACAAACGGCUUUACAGAUAGCGGACGCAGCCAGGGUACGCAAACCCAAAGGGCUGGAAAGCCAGAAGUAAAUGACAAUGGUGAUCACAGACACAACCAGCCUGUAGUGCCAGAAGGAGGUGCUGGUAGUUCAGUCACAACUCUCUCAAGACCAGAAAUAGCCAACCUGGAUGAUCAUGAACAUAGCCAGGGCUCACACACUCUGCCUGAGGUACCAGGCAUCAGUAGCUUUGAUGAACACAGUCAGCGUAGUCAGGGGACCCACACUGGGCCUGGCCCCAAGGAGACCGAUAGGGAUGAUAGCAUAUUUGCUGACAGUAGCCGUAACAGAAGCACUCCUAGUAGGACAGGGAUGGGGGAAGCGGACCAAGACAGGGACAUGUUUGCUGAAGAAGGCCGUCAUAGGAACACGCAGAGCAGGCCUAUUCCAGAGGAACUUGACCUGCUGAAGGAGACUGUUUCCGAUCACGAUGGUAUUGUACUAAAGAAGCCUGUUCCAUGGGAACUUGGUCUUCAUUCGGACACUGGUUCUGAACAUGAGCAUAGUAUAUAUCGGAGACCCAUUCCAGUAGAACUUGACCAGAACAGCGAUAUUGUUCUGGAACAUGAGAGUAGGACACAUAGCAGUCCUAUUGUAGAGGCGCUUGACCAGUUUAGUGACAGUUUCUCCGAGCAUGGACGUAACAAGCCUGAACAGAUCCGACCAGGAAUUGGCAGUGAGAAAGCUACCUCUGGACGUGGAAAUAGCAAAGCUACACAGACCAGGCCAGUCAUCAAUGAGCUUGACAGAGACAAAGCUACUUCCUCUGAACAUGCACGUGACAAGCCUGCACUGAACAGACCAGUUCUUGACAAGUUCAACAUUGACAGGGUCACUUCUUCUGAACACGGACGUGGUAAGGCUACACAGACUAGGCCAGUAACAGAGGUAUACCAUCCAGAUAAGGGUAAUGUCCCCCAGCAAGGAAUUAGCAGGGACGCACAGGGCAGGCCCUUCUCAGUGGUUCAAACCGAGAGAGACAAAAGCAUCUUCACUAAUCCUGAAGAGGGCAGAAAUAGCCAGACCGUCUCCGAGGAUGCUAGACAGAAAGCAAAACAAGGGCACAGUAGUGGUAGUACAACAUCUUCACGGGGCAGGCCUGCUUUGGCAGCAGAAACAGACAAGCGAGACAAAGGCAGCUUUGCCGAUCACACAGGCCAUCACAGAAAUGCCGAGCAGAGCAGGCCUGUGCUGCCGCUUGGAGUUGACCGAGACAGGGUCACGGGUCACCAGCCCCAGAGGCUUAACCCUCAGCACAGCGUGAGACCUGACAGGCCACUGGAACACUUCACUCCCCCGGUUCUGAACUCUGCAGAUCGCACCACCACCCCCACCACCACCACCACCACCGCUGAUGGCGCCGCAGCCUCCACCACCACCACCACCAUUCCUGGACCGCAAAGCGUUCACGAAAUCCACACGUUCCCCGCGGUGCGGUUCUUCACCACCAGCCAGCCGCCCCUGAGAGUGAAAACAGAUGGGGGACACCCCAUGAGAAAUCAGACCCAGCCGUUCACCAGCAUCCACACGAGGGAGGAGGAGGAGGAGAGGGUCAGGCAUGGGAGGGAGAGGAAGGAGGAGAGGGACAACUCCCUCAGUUCCCUGCCCGCCGGCAACCGCGGCACCUUCGCCAUGCUGCAGGUGGAGCGGUGCUGUGAGGUGGGCAGGAAGUGGGCCUCGGAGCACCACCACUGCAACCACAUGCCCCACGCCAACCCCGCUGACAACGACAUCAUGUGUAGCGUGGUCCAGGAGCAGUGCUGCUCGGGCGCCCUGCGGCAGAGCAGGUGUUUGGCUGGCAUGAGCGCCGCCAGAGGGGGGGACGCCUGCCAGGCACCGCCGGAUGGACGCAUCUGCGGGGAGGACUCCUACCAGGAGUGUUGCAGCUGUUGCGCCCUGGGCCUGAGGCUGAGGAAGGCGGGUCAUGGUUGCCAUGCCCACCAGUACCUGGACUACCCCUGCGGCCACAUCCUGCUCACCUGCUGCGAGGAAGAGGGCGGGGUGCGGGGGUACGAAGAGCUCCCAGCAAGGUACGGGCCAGGUGGACCCUUACUCAAGAGGAAAGAGAUGCCCUUGCCAACGCCGAUGCCAAAGAGAGUCUCUGACAGGAAGCUCCCUAAGGAGGCCUUCUCAGUGGGGGGUGCGGGUGAGGAUGCCAGUUCCAACCUGCUGGAGGAGACUGAGACUGGUGGUGCCGGUGUCGGCGCCGGGGCCGGUGGCGGUACAGGAGUGGGAGUGGGAGUGGGCUCGGCAGUGGAGGCAUGCCAGCAGUACGCCUCCCACCUCUGCCACCACAUCUGCAUCAACACCUGGGGCUCCUACCGCUGCGGAUGCCACCCGGGACACGUACUGCUGCAGGACGGACACACAUGCGUUCCAGAGGACACGGAGGAAGACAACAGAGUGCGUGAGGAGGAGCAACAGCGGAAGCAGCAUCCCGUCACCCAGGCGACCUCCAGGCUGGUGACCUCAUCUUCACCCACAACGACCUCCACCACCACCACCACCACCACCUCCUCUACCACCACACCCACCACCAAAACCACCUCCCAGAUCCCUGCUCUGCUGAACCCAUGUGCAGGCAAUGGACCAUGCGCACAGCGGUGCUCCGUAGCUGGAGGGCGUGCCAAAUGUUCCUGUUUCACAGCAUACUCGCUGAUGGCUGACGGGCGCUCUUGUGAAGACGUGAACGAAUGCAGGGAGAGAGCACACAAUUGCUCCCGCGGGGACUUUUGCGUGAACACUGAGGGCUCCUUCCAGUGUGUGCGUCUCAACGAGAUGUGCGAGGAG